AUGUUCCUGUCUCCUGCUCCAGCUCCUGCUCCAGCUCCUACUCCAGCUCCUGCUCCAGCUCCUACUCCAGCUCCUGCUCCAGCUCCUACUCCAGCUCCUGCUUCUGCUCCUACUCCAGCUCCUGCUCCUGCUCCUACUCCAGCUCCUACUCCAGCUCCUGCUCCUAUUCCAGCUCCUGCUCCAGCUCCUACUCCAGCUCCUGCUCCAGCUCCUAUUCCAGUUCCUACUCCAGCUCCUACUCCAGCUCCUGCUCCAGCUCCUACUCCAGCUCCUACUCCAGCUCCUAUUCCAGCUCCUACACCAGCUCCUACUCCAGCUCCUGCUCCAGCUCCUACACCAGCUCCUACUCCAGCUCCUACUCCAGCUCCUGCUCCAGCUCCUGCUCCAGCUCCUAUUCCAGCUCCUAUUCCAGCUCCUACUCCAGCUCCUACUCCAGCUCCUGCUCCAGCUCCUACUCCAGCUCCUACUCCAGCUCCUGCUCCAGCUCCUUUGCUCCUUGCGACAGUGAUGAAGGAAGAGAGGAUUUUCCAACGUCAUGCUUGUGAUCUGAAGUGA